AUGUACGGUACUGGCACCGCCGGCACAGGCCCCCAGACGGGGGUCUCGACUCCCCGAUCUUCGUCAUCCCUCCGACCUCUUACGCUCGGGCAUGGAUCCCUCGAUGCCUCGUUUCUCGUCCCUACUGGCCUCCAUUUUCAUGCGUCGCAGCUCAGAGACCGAUUCACCGCCGGCCUGCCAGCGCCGACGGACGAAUUGGCCCUAGACGACGAGCCCUCCUCGGUGCCCGAGCUGGUCGCGAGAUACAUGGGGUUUGUCGCCAACGAGGUUGAGGAAGGGGAGGAUGACGCUCAGGGUUCGUACGAAGAGGUCUUGAAGCUCGUUCUCAACGAGUUCGAGCGCAUGUUCCUUCGCGGGAAUGAUGUCCACACUCUAGCAAAGAACCUACCCGGCAUCCUCGCGAAACAAGUCAACGUUGUCCGGUGCUAUUUUGCGGCUCGCUCGGUGGCGAACCGUGCCAUCAGACCGCAUGAAUCCGCACUCUUGAGAGCGGCCGAUGAGGGGAAUGCUACACUAUACAGCAUAUUUGGUGGCCAGGGAAACAUCAUUGAGUAUUUCGACGAGCUCCGCGAGGUGUACCGGACCUAUCCUUCGUUCGUCGGCGAGCUUGUCGUAGCGUCCGCGGAUCUGCUUCACAACCUCGCCAUGGACCCCCGAGCAGACAAGUUGUACGCCAAGGGGCUCGAUGUGAUGGAAUGGUUGCGCUCACCAGACACCACUCCCGACCCCCAGUAUCUCAUAUCUGCCCCCGUGAGCCUGCCUCUCAUCGGAUUGGUGCAGCUAUGCCACUACCAAGUUCUCGGGAAGGGCCUUGGCGUCCAUCCGGGUAUACUACGAGAGCGCAUACGCGGCGCGACUGGCCAUUCCCAGGGCAUCAUCGUCGCAGCAGCUACCGCUGCCGCAGAUUCGUGGGAGUCCUACGACAAGCUGGCAAAGGAUGCCCUUACCAUUCUCUUCUGGAUCGGCGCCCGUAGUCAGCAAGUGUUCCCUAGGACAUCCCUAACUCCCGUUAUGCUGCAAGACUCGAUCGAUAAUGGCGAAGGUGAUCCGACACCCAUGUUAAGCAUUCGAGACUUGGCACAAAGCGAGGUCCAGAAACAUGUAGAUGCGACGAACCAAUACCUCCCCGAAGAUCGUCACAUCGCCAUAUCCCUUGUCAACAGCCCUAGAAAUAUGGUUGUUACCGGGCCGCCCAUUUCUCUGUAUGGGCUGAACCUGCAGCUGCGAAAGGUUAAAGCGCCUACUGGCCUCGAUCAGACUAGAAUUCCUUACACGGAGCGUAAAGUACGAUUUGUCAACCGCUUCUUGCCUAUCACCGCGCCCUUCCACAGCCAAUAUCUUACCGACGCAACAACACUCAUCGACGAGGACCUCAAGGAUAUCAACAUUGACUCGUCGUCCCUGGGAGUGGCCGUGUACAACACUUGUACUGGCGCGGACCUCAGGGAUGAAGUUACUGGCAAUAUCGUCCCCUCCUUGGUUCGCAUGAUCACCCGAGAUCCCGUCAACUGGGAAAAGGCAACCAUAUUCCCGGGGGCGACCCACGUGCUAGAUUUUGGACCCGGUGGCAUAUCGGGUCUUGGAAUUUUGACGAGUCGCAACAAGGAGGGAACCGGUGUGCGUGUCAUUCUAGCUGGAACCAUCGACGGGGCAGUCCAGGAAGUAGGCUACAAGUCCGAGCUCUUCGACAGGGACGAGGAGCAUGCAGUGGUGUACGCCAAUGACUGGGUUAAAGAAUACGGCCCGCGGCUAGUUAAGACGUCAAGCGGUCAAACCUAUGUCGACACGAAGAUGAGCAGAUUACUUGGCGUACCGCCGAUCAUGGUUGCUGGUAUGACACCAUCUACCGUGGCGUGGGAUUUUGUCGCCGCAACAAUGAACGCCGGAUAUCACAUCGAAUUAGCUGGUGGCGGUUAUUAUAACGGCAAGACGUUAACCAAUGCCUUAUCCAAGAUUGAGAAGGAAAUCCCUGCUGGACGAGGAAUUACCAUUAACCUGAUCUAUGUCAACCCUAGGGCCAUGGCGUGGCAGAUUCCCCUUCUCGGCCGUCUUCGAGCCGAGGGCGUCCCUAUUGAGGGCCUCACUAUCGGCGCCGGCGUGCCCUCUAUUGAGGUCGCUCAGGAAUACAUAGAGACCCUCGGCCUGAAGCACAUUGCCUUCAAGCCAGGCUCUAUAGAAGCAAUUCAAGCUGUUAUUAAUAUCGCCAAGGCGAACCCGACAUUCCCCGUAAUAUUACAGUGGACUGGUGGUCGAGGAGGUGGCCACCACUCAUUCGAGGACUUCCACCAACCGAUCCUGCAAAUGUAUGCACGCAUCCGACGGUCGGAUAACAUCAUAUUGGUUGCCGGUAGCGGUUUCGGCGGCGCCGAAGACACGUAUCCGUACCUCACGGGCGAGUGGUCUAAGAAGUACGGCUAUCCGCCUAUGCCCUACGACGGCUGCCUGUUCGGCAGUCGCAUGAUGGUCGCCAAGGAAGCGCACACAAGCAGAGCUGCUAAACAGGCCAUCGUAGACGCCGAGGGGCUCGGCGAUGAUCAAUGGGAGAGGACAUACAAGGGGCCGGCCGGUGGAGUUAUCACCGUCCGAUCGGAGAUGGGUGAGCCCAUCCACAAACUCGCAACGCGAGGCGUCCGCUUCUGGGCAGAAAUGGACCAAAAAAUAUUCAGCUUGCCAAAGGAGAAACGCGUCGCCGAGCUCAAGAAAAACCGUGACUAUAUCAUCACGAAGUUGAACGACGACUUCCAGAAAGUCUGGUUUGGUCGAAACAAAGCUGGGCAGACCGUCGACCUUGAGGAUAUGACUUACGGAGAGGUCAUAAGGAGAAUGGUUGAUCUUCUCUACGUCAAACAUGAGGCACGAUGGAUCGAUCCGUCAUUCGCGAGGCUAACGGGAGACCUCAUUCACCGUGUCGAAGAACGCUUCACCUCCAGCGCCGGCCAGGCGUCCCAUCUACAGAGUUAUUCCGAGCUCAACGAGCCGUUUUCUACCGUGGAAAGAGUGCUUUCUCAGUAUCCCGAGGCCGAGACCCAGAUCAUCAAUGCACAGGACGUUCAGCACUUUCUGCUUCUCUGCCGGCGCCGCGGCCAGAAGCCAGUAACUUUUGUCCCGUCUCUGGACGAAAACUUCGAGUUCUUUUUCAAGAAAGAUUCGCUAUGGCAAUCUGAGGAUCUCGCAGCAGUCAUCGGUCAAGACGUCGGCCGUACUUGUAUUCUACAGGGCCCCACCGCAGUCAAAUACUCAACCGUCCUUGACGAGCCCAUUAAAGACAUACUGGAUGGCAUACACAACACCCACAUAGCCAACCUGACACGGGAUGUCUAUGCAGAUAAACCUGAAUCGAUCCCGACCAUUGAGUACUUUGGCGGCAAACUUAUCGAUACCGAGAUGCCGUUGGAUAUCGAUAGCCUCACGGUAUCGUACGACCAACACAAGAACACAUACCGCCUCUCGUCAUCUCCCGGUGUCGCGCUUCCCUCCCUCGACAGUUGGCUGGCGCUUCUAGCGGGACCUAACCGCAAUUGGCGCCACGCCUUGUUCACCUCGGAGGUCUUUGUGCAGGGCAAUAAGUACCAGACAAACCCGAUGAAGAGGAUCUUCGCGCCUGUUCGUGGCCUGUUUGUCGAAAUUCUGUAUCCUAAUGAUCCAACCAAAACGUCGAUCGUUGUUCGUGAACAGCCGCGACAUAAUCAUUACGUCGACGUAAUUGAGGUCAAGCUAGACGGCCAGAGCGAGAUAGUCGUCAGUAUGAUCAAGGACACGUCGGCUCUGGGGAAGCCAGUAUCGCUGCCACUCCGAUUUACCUACCACCCUGAAGCAGGAUACGCGCCAAUCCACGAGGUAAUGGAAGGUCGAAAUGACCGGAUCAAGGAAUUCUACUGGCGGGCGUGGUUUGGGGAGGAGGAACUCGACCUCGAUGCUCCUGUCACCAGCAAAUUUGACGGGGGCCGGACUACUAUCACCAAGGAAGACAUAAACGAUUUCGUGCACGCCGUCGGCAACACUGGCGAAGCGUUCGUCGAUCGCCCUGGUAAGGUAACGUUUGCCCCAAUGGACUUCGCUAUCGUUGUCGGAUGGAAAGCCAUUACCAAACCCAUAUUCCCCCGGAAGAUCGACGGCGACCUCCUGAAGCUCGUGCACCUCUCCAACGGCUUCCGAAUGAUGCCGGGCGCCGACCCCCUAAAGAAAGGAGACGAAGUUAAGACGACAGCUCAAAUCAACGCCGUAAUCAACCAGGAUUCCGGCAAGAUGGUUGAAGUUUGUGGCACGAUCUACAGAGAUGGCAAGGCCGUCAUGGAGGUCACAUCUCAGUUCUUAUACCGUGGCGUCUACACUGACUACGAGAAUACUUUCCAACGAAAACUGGAAACGCCGAUGCAAAUCCACCUUGAAACCUCGAAGGACGUAGCCGUGUUGAAGUCUAAGGACUGGAUCCAAUUCGACAGAAACGACAUCGAACUACUUGGUCAGACGUUGACGUUCCGUCUGCAAAGUUUCUACAAGUUCAAGAACAAGACGGUCUUCAGCAGCGUCGAGACCCGCGGCCAAGUUCUUCUCGAGCUUCCCACCAAGGAGGUCAUUCAAGUCGCGAGCGUCGACUACGAAGCUGGCUCGUCUCACGGCAACCCUGUUGUCGAUUACCUCGAACGUCAUGGUUCCUCUAUCGAGCAGCCCAUCAACUUCGAGAAUCCCAUCCCUCUUAGUGGAAAGACCCCCUUGCAGCUUAAGGCGCCGGCGUCGAACGAGACUUACGCGAAGGUAUCCGGCGACUUCAAUCCCAUACACGUGUCUCGUGUUUUCUCCAGUUACGCCAACCUUCCUGGCACCAUUACCCAUGGCAUGUACACCAGCGCCGCGGUGCGUAGCCUAGUAGAAACGUGGGCUGCCGAGAACAACAUCGGCCGUGUCCGCAGCUACCACGCUUCCCUAGUCGGCAUGGUUCUUCCCAACGACGACAUUCAAGUCAAGCUUCAGCACGUCGGCAUGGUUGGCGGCCGCAAAAUCAUCAAGGUCGAGGCCAUCAAUGAGGAGACUGAGGAAAAUGUGCUCUUGGGAGAAGCUGAAGUCGAGCAGCCCGUCACAGCAUAUGUAUUCACUGGUCAGGGUUCUCAAGAACAGGGCAUGGGUAUGGAUCUGUACAAUACCAGCCCUGUAGCCAAGGAGGUGUGGGACAGGGCAGAUAAGUAUCUCUUAGAUACAUAUGGUUUCUCCAUCUUAAACAUCGUGAAAAAUAACCCGAAGGAGCUGACUAUUCACUUCGGCGGCCCGCGCGGGAAAAUCAUCCGCGAGAACUAUAUGCAGAUGAACUUCGAAACUGUCGCUGCAGACGGCACCAUCAAGUCGGAACGCAUUUUCAAGGAGAUCGAUGAGAAGACAACGAUGUACACGUAUCGAUCGCCUACGGGCCUGCUUUCGGCAACACAGUUCACGCAGCCUUCCCUUACUCUCAUGGAGAAGGCUAGUUUCGAGGAUAUGAACGCCAAGGGUCUUGUGCCGCGAGAUAGUACCUUUGCUGGCCAUUCUCUUGGCGAGUACUCUGCCUUGGCAGCCUUGGCAGAUGUAUUGCCUAUCGAAUCUCUGGUUUCGGUCGUUUUCUACCGCGGACUAACCAUGCAAGUUGCAGUCGAACGAGACGUCCAAGGCCGUUCAAACUAUUCGAUGUGUGCCGUUAACCCUAGCCGAAUUUCUAAUACCUUUGGUGAAGGGGCCCUCCGUUUCGUCGUCAGUAACAUUGCCGAAGAGACCGGUUGGCUUCUGGAGAUUGUCAACUACAACAUCGCUAAUUUACAGUAUGUUUGCGCUGGCGAUCUGCGCGCACUGGACACGCUCACCGGUGUGACGAAUUUCUUGAAGAUCCAGAAGGUGGAUAUCAACCAGUUCCGCCAGGACCUGAGCAUCGACGAGGUGAAGGCCCACCUUGUAGAGAUCAUCAAGAACUGUGCCCAGAAAACGUUGGAGAAACCCAAACCGCUCGAACUACAGAGGGGGUUUGCCACGAUCCCUCUCAAAGGCAUCGACGUGCCAUUCCACUCCACCUUCUUGCGGUCAGGUGUAAAGCCUUUCAGAAACAUCCUCCUGAAGAAGAUCCACAAGACCUCGAUCGAUCCGGCCAAACUGGUCGGAAAGUAUAUUCCUAACGUGACUGCUCGGCCCUUCGAGCUCACGAAGGAGUACUUCCAGAACGUGUACGAUCUGACGGGCUCUCCCAAGAUCGCACAGAUCCUACAAGAUUGGGACAGCUACCAAGACGAUAGUAACGGUGUCAAUGGCAUCAGCACGCCCCCCGUUCAGGUCAACGGCAGCUCAUGAGUGCGCUCAGUCAACCGCCCAAGUGUCUAGAUGGCGGGAGGUGCGUGUAUUUAGCUCGAGAUUUCGUCCCGUACUUUCCUAGGACCCUAAUGCGCUAUGUUGUUAAUAACGGCGGAAGAGCGGCGGGGGGGAGCAGCGGUUGUCUUGGGGCAUCUUUUUUGUACUUAAGUCUCGAUAUAAACCAAAGGCAUACUCGAUGGAUCUGGCCCCCCCGAGCAGAUAAUGGACUUUCAAAACAAGGGUUUCUCGAUUUUUUUCAUCACUCGGGACUUCUAUGCCGAAUAAUGAUCAACGUAGAGAAAGAUGUCACGUCAGGCACGGGGAGAUUUAGGUGAAGCUGUGCCAACAUAUCGGGCAUUCUACAACAAGUCUAAACCGAGGUGUGAGGUGUGAGCCCCCUCACCCCGUGCUCCGUAUGUGCGUGUGUGUAUGUGUAUGUGUAUGUGCACGUGUAGCGAAAG